GUCAGGUCGUUUUAAUGAGCGAAUUUUUUUGGUUGAGUAUUUAGAGAUUUCGCAAUACAAUCUCUCAUCCUUCUUGAAAUCGCUUUCUCUCGAUCUGCCGAGCGUUUUGGGACGCGCGAUUCGCGGUUCAAUGGCGAAGAAGACGUACGACCUGUUAUUCAAGCUGCUCCUCAUCGGAGACUCGGGUGUGGGGAAGACGUGUGUGCUGUUCCGCUUCUCCGACGACGCCUUCAACACCACCUUCAUUUCUACCAUAGGAAUUGAUUUCAAGAUAAAAACUGUUGAACUACAAGGAAAGAAGAUAAAAUUACAGAUAUGGGACACUGCUGGUCAGGAGCGGUUUCACACAAUCACCACCUCCUACUACAGAGGGGCUAUGGGGAUCAUGCUGGUGUAUGACAUCACAAAUGCCAAAAGCUUUGAGAACAUCAGCAAGUGGCUGCGAAACAUAGAUGAGCAUGCAAAUGAAGAUGUUGAGAGAAUGCUGCUAGGCAACAAGUGUGACAUGGAAGACAAGCGGGUGGUACCAAAGGCAAAAGGAGAACAGAUUGCAAGAGAACAUGGCAUUAGGUUUUUUGAGACCAGUGCAAAAGCAAAUAUCAACAUUGAGAAAGCAUUCCUCACGUUAGCAGAAGACAUACUUAGAAAGACACCCGUAAAAGAGCCCAACAGUGAAAACGUAGAUAUCACCAGUGGAAGUGGAGUCACAGGGUGGAAGAGCAAGUGCUGCAGCUGAAUAAUCUUUCCCUUAUUCUUACCCCCCCCCCCCCCCCCCCCGCCUUUAUUCUCUCUCUUUCUCGCUCUCUCUCUCUUUCCCCCUUUCCGUCUUUUUCUCUUCCCCUUCUCUAGCUGCCCUGCUGAUUUCCAUCCGUUUCUGAAAAUAAACCACUUCACAUGUCUAAAUCUAACACUCUGUCCUCUCAUACCUUUAAACAACUUUUUGUUCUUCCAUUCAUGAUUGCUUGCUGACAAUAUUUUUAUUUCAAAAAUGUAUAGAUAAAGAAAUCAUGUUGUUUCUUGUCAUUUAUUUUAAGGAUACAAAAGAAGAAAACUCACCACUACAUUUUUUUCUUUGUUUUUGGGUUAUAUUUUAGUCAAAACUCAACUCAGUUGUCUAGUUUUGAAUCUGCAACAAAUGGUCAGGAUAAACAAAAGAGAAAACCAUGUAGAAUUAACAAUUUUGUACAAUAGUGGGGUUUGUAUACAAGCGCAUAAGUGACAAGACGAGCAUCUGUGUAGAUCUUGCUUGAACUUUUCUAGGUGGGAUUUAUUUUGUCCUGUGCCUUAAAUGGAAUAGAAGGAGCGGCACCUCUGGUGGGAAUGCCACUUACUGUGGUACAUUGACCAUUAAUACACAUAUAUUAAACUGCUCUCGCUUCUCCAUGGCCAUGUCAAUAUAUGAAUUAAACUGAAAGGAAGUGCAGAAAAGUUUGAAUUUCUUUUUAGACCUUUUUUUAUCAGUAUGACUUAUUUUACACUUAAGAUUUCUUUACCUGUCUUGCAUGCUAAUUUCUUUUGGUUGGAAAACUUUUUUGUAAGUUACUCUUCAAAAGAAAUGGCACCACCUUUUCAAUGUGAGGAGUAGACUGAAUAGUUCUUUGGAAAUUCAAACAGUUUUGCAGAUCCAUUAAAACUAGCUUGUUUAAGUUAAAUAUUUGUGGUUUAUCUUUUUAUUUCCUGAUUAUUGGUGUUCUUGUGCAUGGGGAUGUUUUUUUUUUUUUUUUUUUUUUUCUUUUUCUUUCAACGUGGUUGAUAUUGCUGUGGUUACUCAGUGGUAUUUGAACAAACCAGUUCUUCAAAUGCAAGACCCUAGUGGAAACCAAGAAUUAUGACCAACAAUAAUUCACAGUACUGGCUUUGACAAAAUAUUUGAUUUCACCACUUUCAGAAUGUUUUGUUACAAGUCAAAUGGGUAUCAUCAAUGCAGUGAUGAAACUAUGCAGAUUCUGAAUAUGUAUUUAUAUAGCAGUACUUAUUUUGUGGUUUCACAUUGGGUCUGUGUUGAAUUUGCCUAACAUAGUCAUUUUUUAAAAGGGCUUUAACAUCAUGUUUGGAAAUAGAAUACAAAUCAAGGUGGGAGCAGUCACUAAUCUUUGUAGUAGAAGCACUGCACAUUUAUGGGCCCGUGUUACUCUAAUAAAAUACUGUCCUUAAGGUGACCUAAGAGCUGCUCCCCUCAGCAGGGCAUUAGUGAAUGACUUUCAUCUUUAACCAAAGGUGGGGCCGAGGUUUUGUGGGACUUUUUUCAGUUUUAACCUUCGUUACGAAGCAUGCAGCUCACUUUCUAUAAAUGUGCACUGCUUUGCAUUUUCUGUUAUACCUGCACUUUCUGCCAUUAGUAACUGUAAGGGAAUACAAUGUAAAUUGACAUUUAUAGCACCAUAACAUAUACACAGUUUAUGCUGUUUAUUGCGACAAAGUGUGCUCUCUACCGUGGAAGAAGCAGUGUGAAGAUUAACAAGUUGCUCGUUUAAACACCUUGGGCUCCGUUGUACUGAUCAGGAGUCUGGUGGUUUAGUUUUAAUGCUGAUAUGACUAAAAACGUCAAAUAAACAGUAUUUGUAGAUUAUGUAGUUGUUGCUGUUUGGUGUUGGGUGUAAGUGUAAAUCAACUUGAUAUGUUCUUUGCUUGGAUUAGUCCCUGUGAUUUCAGUUUUGCAAUUUGGUUGUAAUGUUUUUGCAUCAACAAAGCCUUAAAGAAUUAGAAUCCAAAUCAUCCAGUGUACCCAAAGUACAUAUUCCUUUUUGUUGGUUUGGGUUUUUCGUUAAACCUAGGCCACAGACUUAAUAGAAUAGUAGAAUGUAUUGCGCAACUGAAGUUAUUUUGUAUUAAAAUAUUAUGGAAUGAUACAAGCGUAACUUCAAGAUGCAUAAAGUCUUUAGGAAAGGAAUGGCAUGCCUGUGGUAUUACCAAAAGUUAGGGAGGGAUAUUUUCUUUCACCAUAUUUGUAAGCACAGUGAAACUAACAUUGGGAGAAAUCAAGAAACCAGACAAAAAUAAUUUAGGUGGAAGUCUUGUUACUGAGUUUCGGGUUCUGAGGAAAUGGUAGUGAAGGUAGCGGAGGCAACACAGGACUUGUCAAUUUUUGAGUCCUAUGUGUUCUCCCUUGAAAUAAUUCAAAGUCUGACAGCUGCAUCUUGUAGCUUUUAAAUGUAAAAUAACCAUCAAAUCUUGACACAGUAUCCCUUUUGCUUGAUCUCUCCCCUGUACAACCCUUUCUUAGCCUUAUGUAUUAUUUGCUCUACUUUAAGAUACUUUCACAGAAGAAUGGAUUUGACAUUGGAAUGUGGUGGUGUUGACAUUUUUGACAUCAAUAAAAGCUCACUUUGUACAGUAAUAUUGCAUGUGUGGAGAGGUGAGAUGAUUUUCACAGGUAAACAAGUAAAAAAAAAAACCUCUAAAGUAAAGCAUAUGCAACAGCUGCGGAUGAUAAGUCCUUUCUUGGCGAUGAUGAAGAAAUUACUUUAGGGACGUUACUCGCUGUUUGCCUUUACACUGACGGCACCAAACCAUGCUAUUUACGGAGUAGACCGAGGGAGAAAAUGACUAUUUUGUGCAAAAUGAACCAGUAAAAU